AUGCGUUUCGCCAAUUCGAUUGCCGUCCUCCUCCCAACCGCCAUCCUCGCUGCACCCUCUUCUCUCUCGGCCCGCGCUGGCGAUGAGCAGUGUGCGCCGACGUCCUACACCCUCUCCAACUACACCCUCAGUACCUCUGGCUCCUAUGCUUUCGUCGACUUCAACUUCAAGUCCACGUUUACCGACAACUCCAUCAUCAAUGACGCGGUCAUUGACGGUGCUAACUGCAAAGCCGAUGGCCCGACCAUCCCAAACAACAACGAGUGCCGUGUAGAGGGCCGUAAGCUGCUCUUCGACCUCAGGGGUCCUCAGGAGCAGGCGUUUUAUCAGAUUACCCAUACUUGGGUUUGCAAUGACGCUACUUGGAUGUCCGGCAAUUCAGUCAAGGUUGAGCCUCUCAACUGCGUCGAUAAUGCUGGCACUCGUAUCUGCAGCGGUGGUCCCCUGUCGAUUGUUCCGCAGAACGUGCGCAAGAUCUGCGGCAGUCCUCGCUGCUAG